AUGACUCGAGGAAAAGGUCGAAGUAGCGAAGGUCGUGUAAGAAAGUCCUCACUUAGGGGUGAUUCUGCUCGUCUUGCAAACAUGCCUAGCAUUCCUAUUCCCACCACAAUUAGUGCACAACAAGGUGGUACGAGUUCCAUAGGUGGGCCAGAUCCUAUAAACCAUGUUCAAACUUUAGAUAAGGGUACAUCAAACCAGAGCAACACUAUCAGCGAAGAAGAGUCCAGUAGUCGUCGUAGGCAGCAGACACCUAUAAUUGCUACUCUUACUCCGGCAGGGUUGGAACCUUCUAAAGAAUGCUCUAAUACCAUAUCCGCAUCUUUCAAAAAUCAAAUUGAUCCCAAUGGAAUCAAUUGUAAAGGUGUCUUAGAAGAUACUAGAGAUUUUUAUUUUGGGGAAUUCAAGACAUACUAUUGGGACUCUUCGAUUCCUGAGAGUGUAAUCAGAAAACAUUGGAAUACUAAGGCAGCAACAAAGUAUAAGAAUUUCAUUAGCAAAAUUAAACAGAAAAGGAUUAAGCCGCAUUAUGUGUUUGAUAAUGUGUCGGAACGUUGGUUGCAACUUUGGGUGAAUCCUAAGUGUGUUGAAAAGUCAGAAAUAAAUGCAAAGAAUCGUUGUGGAGGGAAAGAAGUUGCUCUGGGACUCACACAUGUGGCUCUAUCUGCAUUGGGGAGCAUCGCAAGAGACUUGUGGUUUUUGCAGUUCUUGAUUCUGGCCGUUGCAAAGGGUCGAGAUCCAACACCAGGUGAGGUACAUUUGCACGUCUAUACACAUGAUCCUGAUGGAGAAUCUUUUGUUGAUGAGCGUGCCCGAGCUGUCCAUGAAAGAUAUCAAGAAAUAUUAUGGGAAAAAUCACAGUCUCAGUCUGAUAUUGAUCAAUGUGAAGCAUAUUACGAAGCUGCUAGGGGAACAAGGAAGAGAAGAACAUAUGGUCUUGGAUCUCAAGCACAAAGUUAUUAUGGGCCGAAUCUUUGCGCACGUGGAGUGAUUUCUUCACCAUCACAUCAUCCAAAUACUCCUAUCAACAAACCAUCAGUUGUGAUACCCAUUUUGCCUCCUCCUCCUACUGCUAAUGUUGACGAUGUUGAUCCUUUAGAUUCUGAUGAUGAUCGUAGUCCUUCACCCAUGCAUUAG